AUGAAGAAGGACAACCAGUCCUGUGUGACUGAGAUCAUAUUCUUGGGGUUCUCGGAUUUCCAGGCUAUGCAAGACCUCCUCUUUUUACUAAUACUGAUAUUCUAUUUGAUUGCAUUGAUUGGGAAUAGCCUGAUAUUGAUUCUUUCAUCUACUGAUCCUACCCUUCACUCACCAAUGUAUUUCUUCCUCCGUAUCUUGUCCGUUUUAGAAAUAGGCUACACCUGUACCAUCAUCCCUAAGACACUAGGGCAUUUAUUUUCAGAGGGUCGAACUAUAUCCUUUGUGGGUUGUGGGAUCCAGAUGUACUUUUUCAUUCUUUUUGGUAUCACCGAGUGUUGCCUUCUCUCUGUCAUGGCAUAUGACCGCUACAUUGCCAUAUGCAAGCCCCUACAAUACUCCGGUAUAAUGAACUUCAGGGAAUGUGUUCUACUAGCCUCCAUCCCAUGGGGCAUUGGUAUUGUAGUGGCUUUUGGACAGUCCAUUUCGAUAUUCACUCUUCCUUUCUGUGGGCCUAACAGAAUCAACCAUUUCUUUUGUGAUAUCCUGCCUGUUCUGAGAUUGGCCACUGCGGACACCUUUAAGAAUGAAGUGGCCAUUGCCACAGUCACGGUUAUCUUUAUCACAGUACCAUUUGUGCUCAUCCUGUUGUCCUAUGUCCUCAUCAUAGUCACUAUCCUCAUGAUGCCUGCAGCUGAGAACAGGCGCAAAGCCUUCUCUACCUGCUCCUCACAUCUCAUUGUGGUUUCUCUUUUUUACGGAACUACCACAUUUACCUACAUUCGACCUAAGUCAAUGUACUCCCUGGAUAGUGACAGGAUCCUUUCCCUCCUCUACACAGUGGUGAUACCAGCUUUUAAUCCAAUCAUUUACAGCCUGAGGAAUAAAGAGAUAAAAGCUGCUUUCAUGAAAGCAAUAGGAAGGAGAAAAGCUUUGCUUAGAUAA